AUGGCUGAAUUGAAACAUAAACACACCUUCCCUGCCCAAUCCACAGGCACGGUGUGUUCUCCCUGCAGGGCAGCCCUGCUGACCGGCCGGUUCCAGAUGCGCUCCGGGGUGUAUCCCGGUGUCUUCAGCCCCGACUCCCGGGGGGGGCUGCCCCUGGCCGAGGUCACCAUCGCGGAGGUGCUGAAGGCUCAGGGCUACGCCACCGCCAUGGUGGGCAAGUGGCACCUUGGCCUGGGCACCAACGGCUCCUUCCUGCCCAUCCACCAGGGCUUUGACCACUUCUUGGGGGUGCCUUACUCCCAUGACCAGGGCCCCUGCCAGAAUCUCACCUGCUUCCCACCUGACGUCAAGUGUUUUGGGACCUGUGACCAAGGCUUAGUGCCAGUCCCUCUGCUUUGGAACCAGAGCAUCUCUCAGCAGCCACUCUCUUUUCCUGAUCUGGUGCCACUCUACAACAAAUUCUCCCGGGACUUCAUUGCUGACUGUGCCCGACGAGGCCUCCCCUUCCUGCUCUACUAUGCCUCCCAUCACACACACUACCCCCAGUUUGCCAGCCAGGAGCACACUGGGCAGUCACGGCGGGGGCCCUUCGGCGACGCGCUCUUGGAGUUUGACAGCUCGGUGGGGCACCUGCUGCAGGCUCUGCAGGACUACGGUCUCACCAACACGACCUUCGUGUUUUUCACCUCUGACAAUGGCCCCUCCACCAUGAGGAUGGCACGUGGGGGCAGCUCUGGCCUUCUGAAGUGUGGGAAGGGCACCACAUACGAAGGUGGCAUGCGGGAACCAGCAGUGGCUUAUUGGCCUGGCCGUGUUGCCCCAGGAGUGACACAUGAGCUGGCAAGCACCCUGGACAUCCUGCCGACCCUGGCUGCCCUGGCUGGAGCACCUCUUCCCAAAGUUGCCCUGGAUGGCUAUGACCUGAGCCCAGUGCUGUUUGGGUCAGGGAAGAGUCCCCGCCAGAUGAUGUUCUUCUACCCACCAUCCCCCAAUCCAGUGCGCGGCCCCUUCGCUGUCAGGCUCGGCAAGUACAAGGCCCAUUUCUUCACCCAAGGCUCCUUUCACAGUGAUACGACCCCAGACCAGGCCUGCCAUGGGCUGACCCCGCUGGCCCCUCACUCGCCCCCACUGCUCUUUGACCUGGAGUCAGACCCCGCCGAGAACUAUGACCUGCUACAGGGCGGUGCCAGCCCAGAGGCGCUGCAGGUCCUGGAGGAGAUCAAGGUGCAGAAAGUGUUUUUUGAGCAGCGCAUGGAGUUUGGGGAAAGCCAGAUCCGGAAGGGCAGGGAUCCUGCCCUGCAGCCCUGCUGUGCACCAGACUGCACCCCAAAGCCUUCCUGCUGCCACUGCUCCUAG